AUUCGUCUUCCUUGACUGCCUUGUGUACGGCGGUCUCUUUUUAUUGAUUUUUUCCAAAUUCUUUUAUUGUGCUUUGUUAUUUGUUAUGAAAAUGAGCUAUCUUCUUUCGGAAAUUAUUAUUGUGCCACCAACAACAUCACGACACCAGUACAAUCGAUAUGUUCAAACAUCUGGAAACUAUUAUAAUAUUUCUGAUAUAUCCUAUCUAUACCACGUUGGAUUUCAAUUGGAAUAAGGAAAACAUUUUCUACCUCAAUGGGAGUAAAGGUCAAUCCGGGAGCUUUCCAAAGGGAAAUGCACGCGUUCUGCUAUAUGGAAUCCAUAUUAUGGAUGACAUAAUCAAAAAGUAUUAAGAAGAUUAUUUAAACUAUUUUCCGUCUAUUGGUGCAAUUUUGGAUCUCAUCCGCAUUGUGCACAAAAAUGGAGGAUUUCACAGAGUGGAUCCAUUUUGGCUUCUGGAAAGGAUUACAGAUGUUGCAAGCUCAAGACCAGAUAAUGCUUGGAGAGCACU